AUGCUUCUCUGACUGACGGUAAAACCUAUCGAGUUUGUACUCGAUGAGCGUUUGCUGAGAAUCCAUAAAAAAUAUCCAUUAUUCGUAUGGUAUUCAUUUCAAAUUGUGGAACAUCCAGCAUCACGAUCAUGAAGGACGGCAGUUGCAUGGGCUACGAGGACGGAUUUCAAAGCUCGGGAAUCGCAAAGACGAGCGAAAACGGACCUCACAUCCGCCAUUGUUGAAAUGGUGGUAAACUCAAAUGUAGAACAACGAAUGGUCAUUCAUUUGGGGCCUUCAAUUCUCUCAUCGCACAUUUCGCCAAGCUGACACAGCAGUGAUGAACUUCGACAAUCGAACAUCACAACCUUCUUGCAAAAGAUUAUUGGAAAAUGUCGAAAGAGAGUCCACCGUGUAUGAAUACGUCCCUCCUGCGUGUUCGCGGUGAUGGUGUGGUCAACAAAAGGCUACAAAGGCACUUUAGUGCUCCCAUAUAGUUUUCGCAUAUUGAAUUGCGUCUCAAUAGAUGGUUGAACAACUGGUAAAGAAUCAGUUGCAAAGUCCCUUCGCAGGGCUCGAGUUAAUGGAACUUGGAUGGAUAUCUAAAGAAGAUUCCCAAACUGGAGAGUGGAUAAAAUGGAAUAUCCAUAGAUUGCUCAAAGAGAGUAAUCACAGUCCUCUAUCGCCGUUUCAUAUAUGUGCCUUCAGGCCAUACAUUCUGAAACAUCAAGUCCCAACACAGGGCACAAAGUCAAAGAGACUUUGUAUAUUUGGCUGUCUGGUGGACGGUCGCUCUCUUCUCUGGAAGAGAACCGACAUUGUGUGUGUUGGUUUUUUAGAGAUGGAAUCCAUGAACGUCUUGGUCGUUAAGAUUUACCAAAAUCGAAUAAAUUGAGAAGGAUGAUGUCGAUAUUGGAAUUCUGAUAGACCCGUCGUGGUGAACCUGUUCCCAACAUGCGAUGCUUUUGAAGAAUCGUCAUAUAUGGCCUCUCGCAUGUUUAAGGCAUUCUGGAAUGUUCGAGAAUCGAACCCCGAUGUCUAUACUUUUCGUAAUAAAAGAAAAAUGAUACAAGAAUAUACACUUCAAGCUGCUCCUUCUCAUCUCCUAUUAUAAUAAAGGGUCAGCAUCUUGAUAGGAGCAAAUGCUUCCGAAUGUUUCAAGCCCUUGAAGGAGUCGAUUGAAAGUCUGAGUUCAAGACCGAUCGAUUUCCACCUGAUUCCUCCCUUAGCCACGGAGGCAUCGAAACCUAGGAGAACAACGAAUGGUCAUCCUUUGUAUUCUUCUUCUACAAUCCACAAAACCGAGGAACUAUUGGAUAUUUUGCUGUGAAGUAGCUAAAUGUCAAGAAAAUCGUAUUGAUCAAAUCGAUUUGGUCUGACUAAACCAGACAACACCCGAGACUUACUAUAUUCCUACCAUCUCAAACAACAAACCAAUUAUUUUUCAGAACUCUGAAAAAAUCCCGGCUCACAAUUUUUCUGCUGUUUCUGUCGCAGUUGGAUCUUGACUGGAUGCCAUCAUAUUGGUCGUGCCAACUUCUCACUCAUGCUCCUCACCCAAUCAACCAGACCCACUCUUCCAUGUCUUCCACCGAAGUCUAG